AUGGAUGCCAUGGCAGAUUGUGCUGAUAUUGCAGUAAAUGAGGCAGCUAAGAACAACGAUCUCAUUCCAUUUAUUCUUGAUAACUUUGGAGUAGGAAAAGAGGUGUCACUGAGUGAGAUUGAGAGACUCCUAAGCAAGUACAAGGGAGUUGACUGUGAUUUGGUUGAUAGGAAGCAGCCUAUCAACACCACUGGCUUCCAAACAGCAUCAGGGUGUACAAUCAGCAACUCACAGCCUAAGGAGAAUCAGCCCAAGGAUGCACUCAGAGAACGAAUACUCUCUGAGAUUGUUGAAACCAACUUGAAUGUCACCUGGGAUGACAUUGUUGGUCUCUCUGACGUCAAACAGGCCAUAAAUGAGAUGGUUCUGUGGCCACUGAUGCGCCCUGACAUCUUCACUGGUCUCCGAAACCCACCAAGGGGGCUGCUUCUCUUUGGUCCCCCUGGGACUGGGAAGACGAUGAUUGGAAGGUGCAUUGCUUCCCAGGUCAAAGCGACCUUCUUCAGCAUCUCAGCCUCGUCAUUGACGAGCAAAUGGGCUGGAGAAGGAGAGCGAAUGGUGAGGACUCUCUUUGAAAUGGCACGAGAAAUGGCACCGUCGAUCAUCUUCGUUGAUGAAAUCGACUCGCUGCUUUCACAGCGAACUGAAAACGAGAACGAGGGAAGCAGAAGAAUCAAAACUGAAUUUCUGGUCCAAUUUGACGGAACCAAAACAGAUGGAACUGAGCGCAUUCUGCUGGUUGGAGCCACAAACAGACCACAUGAGAUCGACGAUGCCGCAAGAAGGCGCCUUGUGAAGCGAAUCUACGUCCCACUUCCCUGUGCUGGUGCAAGGGGGCAGCUGAUUUCCAAGCUGGUUGGUGGAUACGCGAAUGAGUUGAGUGGCCACGAGGCUGAGCUGGUUGAGCUGACUGUGGGCUACUCUGGUUCAGACAUCUUCAGCCUGUGCAGGGAGGCGUGUUUGGAGCCACUUCGAGAAAUCGGCGACAUUUCCGAUUUCAGGGCGGAAUGCGCCAGACCCAUCGGAAUCAGCGACUUCGCCAAGGCAGCCAGGGCCAUCAGAAAAAGUGUCUCAGAAAGUGACCUGGAUUUGUACAGCAAAUUCAACAGUGAAUUUGGUGCUGUUGGUAAAGGGUAG